UCGUCUUUUCCUUGAGAAGAGUACACUGAAUUGGCUGCGCCAGUUCUCCAUACAUGGCGUGAAUGAGACGAAGACUAAUAAUGCAGCAGAGGACAGUGUCCAGACGUUAAACACUAGUUUAACUGAAGAUACAUGUUACAUGCCGAUAAUUUCAGGGAGCAGCCACCGUGAUGGUGCUAUAUACAAGAGAGCGGCUUAUUGGGAACAUAAUUACUUUUUUGAUAUCGCUGACCGUACAGAGACUCGGUUGGAGCCAGCGCGUGCAUACGAUAUACCGCGUAACAUGAUGCAGAUCUUUUCAAUGAAGUUAGCUAAAGCUCCUAUCAACAGUGGCUCAAUACAGUUAUAUGGAUAUAUAGCAGCACGUGAUGAAGUUGAUCUAAGACUCAAUUAUGUUUUCAAUCGUAGCAGGGAUGAUCCCAUCAUCGUGCAGCAGGGUUCUCUAAUUGAAAUGAACGGCCCUAAGAGAGCCAUCCUGUUGAUAUUUGAUGUGCUACUUGAGUUUGACAUGAGGAUCAAGAAUGGGGAGAAUGAAGAGGAUGAUUUACAGCUGAUUGAUGGAAUCUCAGAAUUUGACGGUUUACGCAUGUCGUGGAGACCGCACGAGGUUCGCAUUGGUGGAAAUUGUGGUGCAGUUGAUACGUCUUUUGCACUUGUUCAUAGUUCAGUUGAGGCCACAGUACAAGUUAUCAUAUCAAAAGUGCAGACUGGCUUUGAUUUAUCUCUCAGUUCUACGAUUGCUCUUCUGGAGAUGAAUAAAGAAUUCCAGCUCUUCAGUGGAAAUAUUAGUGAGUCCUGUGGCUUAGGAAGCUUUGUGAUUGCUGUCACAUGGGAUACGCUGAUGAAUUUGAAGUUCAAGGUUGAUCACGAAGGCUGUAACAAUAAUAUUGAACGCAAUUGUUCCUUCAAAGCUAAGUUAAAUGGACACACCAGCCAUCAGCUAAAUCUCGAGACUGCCUCAAUUUUAGUUAAGGUGACUUGGGCUGUGUUGCCUGCAUCGUUGAGCAAUUAACAGUAUUGUGUAGUCCUGCACUGAAUGGAUUUGUUUACUUGGGUAAAUGUUGUUUGCAGUCAUGAAUUCUGGUAUGAACUACUGUAGACCUGAUGUCAUUGCUUUCUAAGAUCA